CCACAAUGAUGAACUGUACAAACUAGUCAUGAAUGAUGCAGCACUGACCUACAUUAUUCAAAGAGGAGCUAUGUCCCCCUCUGGUGGCCAACAUAUCGCAUCACACAUGCACUGUCAGUGUGAUGCUAACGUUGCUGCUGCUCCUUUCUCCACCUAAAAAAAAGAUACAUCCACAAGACUGACUGACAGUGCGGCUGCAGCGUCCACAUGACGUCAUCUGCCGUCGUCUUGGUGGAGACCUGGUCCAGCUGAAGUCAGCAUCAUCAGCAUCAUCAUCAUCCCCGCCGCCAUGGAGGUGAACCGGGAUGAGGCUGAACGCUGCAUUGACAUCGCCGCCGCGGCGCUGAGCAGCGAGCAACCCGAGAAGGCGAGGAGGUUCCUGGAGAAGGCCCAGAGACUCUUCCCUACCGAGAAGGCGCGGGUGCUGCUGGAGCUCAUCUCCAAGAAUGGAUUCACUCCCAGACAGGACGCACACUUGAAUGGAGACUCAGGACCAAGACAACGAACAACACAAAGUCAGGACACCACAAGACCUGAAGAGAAAACCUCAGAUACCUCAAAGUGCUACACCGCAGACCAGGUGGAUGCUGUGAGAAGGAUCAAACAAUGCAAAGAUUUCUACGAGAUCCUCGGCGUCAACAAAGACGCUUCUGAGGACGAGCUGAAAAGAUGUUACAGAAAACUGGCGUUGAAAUUCCACCCGGAUAAAAACCACGCUCCCGGUGCCACGGAUGCGUUCAAAGCCAUCGGGAACGCGUACGGCGUGCUGAGUAACGACAACAAAAGACGACAGUACGACGAGUGCGGCGAGGAGAGGAGGCAUCCUUCCAGACACGGGCCGGACCAUGGCAACUUUGAUGCUGACAUCUCGCCAGAGGACCUCUUCAACAUGUUCUUCGGAGGAGGUUUUCCUGCAAGUAGUCAACACACAAACGGGAGGAUGAGACACCAGAGGCCGCAAAGAAGGGAAAGGCAAAGAGAUGGCGGCCUGGCUCUCUUCGUGCAGGUGAUGCCCAUCCUCGUCCUGGUCAUCGUGUCGGCCCUCAGCCAAAUAAUGGUCAACAGCCCCUCCUACAGCCUCAGCUUUCGCCCAUCAGCGGGCUACACGCAGAAGAGGCUGACGGAGAACCUCAAGGUGCCGUACUACGUCGGCGAGCAGUUCCCCAGAGAGGUCAGCAGCGGGAAUUUGAAGCGCCUGGAGCAGACGGUGGAGGACGAUUACAUUUCCAACCUGCGCAACAACUGCUGGAAAGAGAAACAGCAAAAGGAAGGCAUGCUUUACCGGGCUCGCUAUUUCGGCGACACCGACCUGUACCAGAGGGCACAGCGGGCCAGGACGCCGAGCUGUGCCAAGCUCUCCGAGAUCACGGCGUCCUACCAGGGCUGAGGCGUCCUGCGUCAACACACCCGCUGUGAGUCACGGGCGCUCAAGUUCCGAUCUUACCUUUUGUCCUGUCCUCCGUCCUGAGAAGAGCUGGCUGUAAAUACACGAGCUUUAAUGGAAGCGCCGGAACACGCAACAAGCGCGACGGAGGGUGAGGAUUUCGGUGGACCUGACUUGCACCUUCUAACCCGUUGAAACUAUGCAGUAAUGUUGUCCUUGACCUCAUUGUAACACCGCAGUUUCCUUUUAUUCCGUUAAAAAUCGAUAUUUUAGCCACUUAAAGCAGGGGUGUCCAACCCAGUGUUGGACGAGCUAGCUAUAAUAAUAAUAAUAAUAAUAAUAGAUUUUAUUUGUAAAAAGCACUUUACAUUGAGUAAACAACCUCAAAGUGCUACAGUGUAUUAAAAAUUUUUUUUAAAUAAAAAGAUAAUAAAAAAUAAAUAAAAAUAAAAACUAGAACAGCCAAAUAGCUAAAACUAGUAUGCAUAUAUCUAAAAAAAGAAGGGUUUUUAAGCCUUUUUUAAAAGUGUCCACAGUCUGUGGUGCCCUCAGGUGGUCAGGGAGAGCGUUCCACAGACUGGGAGCGGCGGAGCAGAAAGCCCGGUCUCCCAUUCCCUAUGCUAAGCAUUAGCAUACAUUUCAAAUAAAGGUGCAAUAUUAUACUGUUUUGUUUUUACUCAAUAGUGUUUUGUCCAAAAUCUAACCUUGAUGGUGAAACUAGGACAAUUUAAAAGCCUCACUGGGAACAUGCUAGCACGCUUAAAUGUUUCCAGCUAGCGCUGUUUGUCCAUUUUUGACAUACACAAUGUAACUCCGCACGUCCAUCCAUUCAUCCGUCCAUUUUCUACCGCUUUGUCCCUUUGGGGGUCACGUGUUCAUCGUGAUAUGUCACGUACAACAACGUGAAAUGAAGGAACGGAACAGGGGCACGCAAGCGUUAGCGACAUUAGCAAAGCUAUGUUGGCAUUUUUAGCCUUAACUCUGACGCUAAAUGUUUUUUUUUUCGUUUUUUUCUUGGGUUAUACUUGUAUAGCGCUUUUCUACCUUCAAGGUACUCAAAGCGCUUUGACAGUAUUACCACAUUCACACACACAUUCACACACUUCCAGUCGUUUUGGUUUGAAGUUCAAAGUUUGUCAUUCCGUAAUUUUUUUAUUUUAAUUUCAAAGUUUUUUUUGUUUUUUUCUAGAUUUAAGUUCAAUGUUUGUCAUUCUGUCAUUUUGAAUUUAAUUUUUAAUCUUUUUAUCUUUACGUCAGUUUUUUUAAUUCUAGUUUAUAGUUUGUUGUUCCAUGACUUUUUAUUUGUUGUUGCAUUAUUUUUUUAAUUUAAAUUUAAAGUUUUUUUGUUCUGUCAUUUUUAUUACAUUUUGAUGUUUGUCCUUCCUUCAUUUUUUCAUUUAGGUUCAAGGUUUGUCGUUCCGUAAAUUUUCAAUUUAAGUUCAAAGUUUGUCAUUCCGACAUUUUUUAAAUCUAAUUUCAAAGUUUGUUGUUUUGUUUUUUAGAUUUAAGUUCAAAGUUUGUAAUUUUGUCAUUUUAAAUUUAAGUUUAACGUUUGCCGUUACGUUCAUUUUUUUUUAAUUUAAGUUCAAAGUUUCUCAUAUUGUCAUAUUUUAAUUUAGGUUUAAAUUUUGUCAUUCCGUCAUUUCUUAUCGAAGUUUGAAUUUUUGUCAUUCACUCAUUUUUCAAUCAAAGUUCUAAUGUUUGUCAUUCCGUCAUUUUUUAUCGAAAUUCUAAUUUUUGUUAUUCUGUCAUAUUUUAUCGAAGUUUGAAUUUUUGUCAUUCUGUCAUUUUUCAUUGAAGUUCUAAUUUUUGUCAUUCCGUCAUUUUUUAUCAAAGUUCCAAUUUUUGUCAUUCCGUAAUUUUUUAUCGAAGUUCUAAUUUUUGUCAUUCCGUCAUUUUUUAUCGAAAUUCUAAUUUAUGUUAUUCUGUCAUUUUUUUAUCAAAGUUCAAAUUUUUGUCAUUCUGUAAUUUUUCAUUGAAGUUCUAAUUUUUGUCAUUCCGUCAUUUUUCAUCGAAGUUCCAAUUUUGUCAUUCUGUCAUUUUUCAUUGAAGUUCUAAUUUUUGUCAUUCUGUCAUUUUUAAUUGAAGUUAUAAUUUUUGUCAUUCUGUCAUUUUUCAUUGAAGUCCUAAUUUUUGUCAUUCUGUAAUUUUUUAUCGAAUUUUUGUCAUUCUGUCAUUUUGAUUGAAGUUCUAAUUUUUGUCAUUCUGUAAUUUUUUUUAUCGAAAUUAAAUUCUUGUCAUUCCGUCAUUUUUCAUUGAAGUUCUAAUUUUUGUCAUUCCGUAAUUUUUUAUCGAAGUUCUAAUUUUUGUCAUUCUGUCAUUUUUCAUUGAAGUUCUAAUUUUUGUCAUUCCGUAAUUUUUUAUCGAAGUUCUAAUUUUUGUCAUUCUGUCAUUUUUCAUUGAAGUUCAAAUUUUUGUCAGUCCGUCAUUUUUCAUUGGAGUUAUUUCUGUCAUUCCGUAAUUUUUUAUCGAAGUUCGAAUUUUUGUCAUUCUGUCAUUUUUUAUCGAAGUUCAAACUUUUGUCAUUCCUUCAUUUUUCAUCGGAGUUCGAAUUUUUGUCAUCCCGUCAUUUUUUAAUCGAAAUAAAAUUCUUGUCAUUCCGUCAUUUUUCAUUGAAGUUCUACUUUUUGUCAUUCCGUCAUUUUUUAUCGAAGUUUGAAUUUUUGUAAUUCCGUUAUUUUUUUAUCGAAGUUCGAAUUUUUGUCAUCUCGUCAUCAUACCAAUCACAGACGUCCUGUUGGCGGCUUAACAAUAAUCGCGCUGCGCUUCACAUCUGAUCCAACCAACAAAACAACGAAAAAUCGUCUUAACAGUACGAUCACGCUUUUCUGUUAUUCCGAGUCAUUCUGUGAUUUUCUACCUAAAUGAAAUAAAGUGUAUUGUAAUGGCAGCGGCGAUAUGAAGGAGGAAGUAAUUACAGUUCACUACACAAUAUUACCAUCGCUGUGGUAUGUUCUUUUAUAACCUGUUUUGAUUGCGCGAUUACAGAACGUUUAACAAGCUGAAUAUUACAUGUUAUUAUUAUUAAGUAGGUAGAGAAGGUUAAAACAUUGUCAUGCAGAGAUAUGAAUGCUAUUAACUUGUACAACAUGUAAAGUACAGAAUAUCAGAAACAUUUAUUCAGCUAGAAAAAGUAUCACCUAACAUUUUUGACAGUCAAAGCAUGUUUGUAACAAUCCACAUUUUGUGUUACUAAUGCGUAAAACUGAUAUCUAAACAUGAAAGUGUAGCUCCUCUCCUCUAAAUGCAAGUGCUCCUAUAGCAAGAAUACAAAAUAUGUAUUCCUGCACAAUACAAACUCUGGCAAGACACCAGUCAAAGCAUGUUUGUAACAAUCCACAUUUUGUGUUACUAAUGCGUACAACUGCUAUCCAAACAUGAAAGUGUAGCUCCUCUCCUCUAAAUGCAAGUGCUUCUAUAGCAGGAAUACAAAUUAUGUAUUCCUGCACAAUACAAACUCUCGAAAGACUCCAGUCAAAGCAUGUUUGUAACAAUCCACAUUUUGUGUUACUAAUGCGUACAACUGCUAUCCAAACAUGAAAGUGUAGCUCCUCUCCUCUAAAUGCAAGUGCUCCUAUAGCAGGAAACUCUCGAAAGACACCAGUCAAAGCAUGUUUGUAACAAUCCACAUUUUGUGUUACUAAUGCAUACAACUGCUAUCUAAACAUGGAAGGGUAGCUCCUCUCCUCCAAACGCAAGUGCUCCUAAAGCAGGACUACAAAUUCUGGCAAGACUCCAACGUACUGCUGCAAUUUUAUUCAUGUUUUUUUAAAAGCGUGUUUAUGUCCUUUUUGUGUGGAGAGGUUUCAUAAAGGAGAAUGUCUAAAAACAUUUAAUUAAAGCAAAUAAAUUGUCCAGUCAUGGUAUUAAAAACUAAAAAUGGUAUACUUAAUAAUGACAAAAAAUGAUAUCUUUCUGAGAUAUCGCGAUUAAUUUUGAGUCGUGGGACGGCAAAUGGCCCCGUGUGCCGCACUUUGGACACCCCUGAGUUAAAGUUUCUGACCUUGUAUAGCAGUUGGAAUGUCCUCAGUUAGCAGUUUGUUAGCAAUUUAGGAUGACAAACAGAUAUGAAAUGCCAUUAUAAUGCUAUAUAUGACCUGUAGCUGCACCUUCAUCCAGAUUCUCACCAAAACCCUGUCACUUGUAUGUGUCCCACUUUUUUUUUUCCUGUUAGUAUUGUUUUUUUUACUGCAGGGUUACAAAAAAUUAAAAACCGCUGCACAAGA